GAAUGCCUCGUAUGACUCGCUGUGAUCCUCACUGGCACUAGGGGGCAGCAGUGAGCUCUCCCGUCCUCAGCCCGCCUCCUCCUGACAUGGCGGCGUCCUGUGUGCGGAGUGUGUGCAGAGGCCGGCGGGUCAGAUGGAGUUUCGCUGUGAGAAGCGCGCCGCUGUCCGUGUCUGUCCGCGCUCCGCUCCACUCUCCUCCGGCCGCCGCGGACUCUCUCCUCUCGUCGCUGCACCGACGCGGUGUGCUGAAGGAGUGCUUUCCGGAGGGCGCUGCUCAGCACGAGCUGCCCCGGCUGCUGGAGUCCGGCCCUCAGACCGUCUACUGCGGCUUCGACCCCACAGCCGACAGCCUGCACGCGGGGAACCUGCUGGCCAUCAUCGGCCUGCUGCACUUCCGCAGCGCUGGACACAACGUGCUGGCUGUGAUCGGCGGGGCCACGGCGCAGAUCGGCGACCCGAGCGGUAAGCUGAAGGAGCGGGAGCGGCUCACCGCCGACACCGCCGAGACGAACGGCAGGAGCAUCGCGGAGAGCCUGUGGCGGAUCUUCACCCACCACGAGCUGCUGUUCUGCCCAGAGCCCGCGCGCCUGGGCACCGCGGCCGUGCUGAAUAACGCGGGCUGGUACCGGGACUGGAGAGUGGUGGACUUCCUGAGCGAGAUGGGCCGACACUUCCGCAUGGGCACCCUGCUGAGUAGACACAGCGUGCAGGCCAGGCUGAGGAGCGCGGAGGGCAUGAGCCUGAGCGAGUUCAGCUACCAGCUCUUCCAGGCCUACGACUUCUACCACCUGCACCUGCGGCACGGCUGCAGGGUCCAGCUCGGAGGAAGCGACCAGCUCGGAAACCUCAUGACCGGACACGACUUCAUUCACAAAAUGACAGGAGAUGAGGUGUACGGACUGACCGUCCCACUGGUCACCACUUCAAUGGGAGAUAAGCUGGGGAAGACUGCGGGCAAUGCAGUGUGGCUGAACAGGGAUAAAACAUCUCCCUUUGAGCUCUACCAGUACUUCCUCAGGCUGCCAGACACUACAGUGGAAAGCUACCUGAAGCUCUUCACCUUUCUGCCACUGGCUGAGGUGGAGAAGGUAAUGGAGCAGCAGAAGCAGGACCCAGGCAAGAGAACAGCCCACAAGCGAUUGGCUGCUGAGGUCACCAAACUGGUUCAUGGGAAAGAGGGUCUUGAAAGUGCCAAAAGAUGCACCAAUGCUCUGUACAACAGUAGCACUGAGGCUUUGGAGCAGAUGGAUGAUGCUGAACUGAAGGAGUUAUUCAGAGAAGCUCCAUUUCAGGAGUUUUUUCUGGAGCCAGGCACCACAGUACUGGAUGCAUGUCGGAGGGCUGAGGCCAUCCCUGAAGGACCCAGAGGGUAUCAGAUGAUAACUGACGGUGGUGUGUGGUUUAACCACCAGAGGGCGUCCAACCCAGAACAGGUUAUGGUUCCUGGACAGCACAUCCUCUCUAAUGGACUCAGUCUGAUCCGAGUUGGCAAGAAGAACUUUUAUAUACUCAAGUGGCUCAGUUUGUGAUUUAUCUUUGCAGACUGCAGACUAAAUCUGCCCGUUUUUCACAAGAACUUGGAUAAAAGAGGAGUGUGCUGGACAUACACUAAUGCUCCAUACCAUACAAUACACAGAUCAGUAGGUAUGGAACCACAGUGUUGGUGACUCUGGGGCUCGUUGGAUCACUGGCAGAUGGACAGGAGAAACUCCACCAAGACCUGAGUGGGUAUCAGGGAACAGGAGAUACUACACUUGCACAGUAAUUCAUGUCAAUCUGAGAAGGAAGAAUAAAGAAUGUGCACAGAAGGAAAACAGAAGAACGUGUGCAUCUGUGUGUCUGGGCACAUGUUUGUGUGCUUUUCUCAGGAGUUGCGAUACUUAGUUUAUGCACUAAGAAUGUUUGGACAUUUUUUUUUUUCAAUGGACUGGAAAUAAGUGCCAUUCUGAAUCGUACCACCAGAUGUCAGUAAAGGCUUUUUUUUAAUA